AUGGAAGCAGCCUGCACAGAGGAGUCUGCCAGGAGCAGGUCUCAGUCCGCCGUGUGCAGGCAGCGCAAGGGCAGCGACCAGCAGCCCGAGGAGAACGGCGAGCGGCUGUCCCAGUGGAGCGAUGCCUCGGUCGCGGCUGCUGAGCAGCAGCAGCAGCCCCAGGCCCCCCCCGGCAAGCUGAAGAAAACUGCUUUCAAGCUGUUUGGAGGGAAGAGGAGCAUAUGUACGCUGCCCAGUUUCUUUGGCGGCAGAAACAAAGGCCAGGGGAAAGGAGCCUCGAAAAAGGGCCUCAGUAAAAGUAAGACCCACGAUGGGAUCAGCGGUGCUGUGUAUGACGAGGGCAGCAGGGUGCAGCUGGAAAGCCCUUCGGAUGGAAGCAAGGAUUCGCAUCCUUGCCCGCUGCCGAGCUCCCAAAGCGUUCACGUGGCCAUAGACACCAGCGUCAAGUUUGCUUUUGGCAGGCAGGACGGCUCUCCGCCAGGGAGUAUUGAGGGCUGUGAGAAGAAGCCCAAUGGAGACAAGUCAUCCUUUCCCAGACCGAAAAAAGGCCUGAAGGGGCUGUUGAACAGCAUCCGGCGUCACCGCAAGAGCAAGGUGGCUGAGUGCGAGAAAGCAGAGCUCCCCGAGUGGACUGGGGACUCAGAGGAGGCCAACAAAGCUCGAGGCACGGGAACGGAAACCCAAGGAGCCACAGAGGAAAGGGGACCUGGGUCUGUCCCCCUCGCUGCGGCCUGCCCAGGGAACUCGGAGGAUAAUUGCUCGGUAGGCACGACCACCAACUCCGGGGAGGCUGCUGAGCCAGACUGGCUCAGGGCUGACCAGGGCAGCCCCGAGGGUGAUGGGGUGGCGAUGCCUGGGGACCAGGAUGCUCUGGAUGCAAAAUCAGAGGUGGACGCCGCCGUCUGUGCAGAGUCUGACUACAGCCACCUCCCCGUGGCCCUGCAUCCCGACUUGGCGGACAAUGACCCUCCCUCGCUGCACUCUGGGGACCAGCUGAGCCUCAUCUUCGGAGACGUCACGUCCCUGAAGAGCUUCGAUUCCCUCACGGGGUGCGGAGACAUCAUCGCUGAGCCCGACAUCCUCAGCAUUGCUGAGAGCGCGAUCUCUGUGGAGCGCAGCAGAGAUGCUGCGAAACGGAGCUCCUGCCUCGUCACCUACCAGGGCGGCGGGGAGGAGAUGGCCAUGCCGGAGGAGGCGGAGGAGUACCUCCAGCAGAUGUGGGACAGCACCACUGAAGGGGACGGGAGCUACGAAGCCCAGCUGCCACCCUCCAUGAGCGGUCGCGACCCGCAGGCGGCGAGCAGCAAGCUGGAGACGCGUGGUUUGCACGAGGCAGAAGCCCACCCCUACGCCGGGGGGGCGAUGGACGGCGUUGAGCUCCUGACGCCGCAGAGCGACCAGCAGGAGUCUGCACCUAACAGCGACGAGGGUUACUAUGACUCCACCACGCCGGGACCAGAGGACGAAGGCGGGGAUGGGCUUUGCGAGAUCAAGAAGGACCGUCUGCCUAGAGACAGCUACAGCGGCGAUGCACUUUACGAGUUUUAUGAGCCAGAUGACACGCUAAUGAGUCCCUCGCACGGGGAGGAAUCCCUGUUUGAGAGCAAAGUCUCUCGCCCAGAGAUCUUCAGCUACUUCUUGGACUUCUGUCUCCCUGCUGAGAAGGGCUUGAUCCAGAUGAUGGAUCAGAAAAUGGGUGUUAUGGAAACCGAAGAAGAGCGGCUAGCUGCCAUCCAGAAAGAGCUGCUGUACUGGGAGCUGCAGAGGGAACCGGUCCUGAAACGGCUUGAUGUUCCCAGGGAAAAGCAGUACCUUGAAUGUAAAACUAGAGCAGCCAGCUUGAUUGGCAAAAAUCAGAGUUGCCUUGGUAGUGAGCAGAUUGCCUCUCAAGCUCUGAAUAGGAGCGUGAGUAGCGGGGUUUCGGUGGCGAGAGGCGAAAACCCGGAGUGGAGGGACUUUCCAGGGCCUUUGUGUCCAGAGAACUGUUACAACAGCCAAAAAGCCCAAGGAAGUUGCCUUAUUCAGCUCAUGAAGAACAACCCAGGGUUCAAUUCUGACCCGGAUCAGGCGUUGUUCGGGGGCCCCGUCCACGGCGGCGUGGCCCCACCCAAAACAGGGCCGUUCCCCGGCUACAGGCCCCACGAGCGCGAGAGCUGCUCGCAGAGCGACCGCCGCGACGGGGCUGAGGCCGCCCCCAGGGAGCCCCAGGCUGUCAGCGAAUGUGAACCCGAGCAUGCCGUGAACUUCUCGCAAGCACUAGUGGAGUUCACCAGCAGCGGGACCCUCUUUUCCAGCCUCUCGGAAAGCCUGGGCAGCUCCGACUCCGGCUCCUCCUUCACGCAGAACCUCCCCGUCCUCCCCACCAUGGUCACCUUCGACAUCGUCGACGUGGAGCAGGAAGGGGAAGGGGAGUGUGAGCAGCACCUCGAGAUGAACGCCGACGAGGACAUCGCCGCAUCCUUCGAGGCCUUUGACGACAGCUACGUGCAGAAAGAGUCAUUUGCUGAAUGUGACGAGAGAAUGUUCCCCGGGUACCCCCAGGGCUCCUUCCAGAGCUGUAACUGGGGUGUCGCCAGCCUUCCCCGCCACCUGCGCCUGCACGGGCUCAGCCCGGCCAUGCCAGCGCCCCUCUCCGUCAACAGGAGGAGCAGGUCGCUCGACACGGAGAGCCUCGAGUUCGAGCUCGCCGACCUGCAGGUGUCCAAGAAUGGCCUUAAGCCGUGCCAGCUCUGGUCUAAAUGGGACAAAAAGGACUUGGACGGUGCGAGAAGGAGCAGGAGCAAAGAGGACGCCGGGCUGUCCGCUCCUGCAGGUGGGGAGGCCGACAGUGUGCUGGGCUGGUCAGGCUUGCAGCACCUGCAGUACAACGCCGAGCUGGCUCCCGGGGGGGUGAAACGCUGGGGCUUUGCUCCGGCUGCUGGGCUGGAGAGCGGCUGGGAGCCGUCCGAGCAGCCGGACGCCGACUCCCCCUUUCUGUCCCUUUCCCGCAGCAGUGCCAGAGAGGCUCUGGAGAGGCGGCCCCAAGAGCCGGAGCUGGACAGGCAACUGGUCAGGCCGUCCAAUUUACCUCUGCAGGCCGACACGAGGCAGCCCCCGGAGGCGCCCGGUGCCUACAGGUACCACGGAGAAGUCGCGGCCAAAAAGCUCGCCCGCGUGUUACCGCUGGGCGAGCCGGAGCCGCCGCAGAGCUUUGGCUUCGCUCAGUCCCCGGAGAAACCAGCCAAGUGCAAACCUGUUGGCGUGGCCCAGGGGGUGCCCCAGUUUCACGAUGACAGCACCGAAACCUUAAAAAGCCCCUCCUGCUUCGUGGAGCACUUCGGGAGCGCCGGCAAAGAGCUGCUGAAAGGGAGAGGCACGCAGGGGAGCGCGCUGCCCGCCGGCUGCCCGAGCGCUGCGGUGAAUUGCGAGCCACCGCUCUCGAAUACAAUACACAAUGCAAAAUGCGGCCCCAGUGCACGGCCCCAUUGCUGCUAGAAUAAAUUCUGGAAACGGACCCUUUUCUAGCACGGCAGGUUUGUUCUCGGCAGGUUCAGCUCAAGGGGCACCGUCACCUUUGGAGGAAAGAUUUGAGGAUUUGAUGUUUGGGAGGAGCAGGGAGCAUUGCUGCCCUGCGCCCUCGCUUCGGGCGUUAGUUGGUUGCGUGGGGUCACGUCUCCCUGGUUUGGGGUUUUUGGGGCCAGGCUGCUUUCGGGCGCCUUCCUGAAGCCACCACUUCAGGAUGGAGCCAGGGGAGCAAGUCUCGGGGAAGGUUUCAGAAGAAAUUGUUUUUUCUUCCUCUUCUCGGUGAAACGUUUUGUUUCGGACAGACUUUUAAUGUCUUCCAUCUUGUUCGUGAUUUGGGGACCCCAGAGGAAGGAUGCAGGUUAUUUUGAGAGCAAGGAAAGGAGGCAGUUCAGCUGAAAGGGGAACAUUGCCGUAACUUUUUUUUUUUUUCCUGCCCAAAAGGAAAGCAGGAGCUUUUGUGUGCGUGCUGAUAACAUUUUUCAGCUCUAGCUUUAAUUUGCUCAAAAAUACAACACUCGGAGGGGUGUUCUCUUGAUAGAUUCCCUUUCCAGAACAAAACUUCAGCCCUUUUUUGUCGUGGUCUGUCUUCAUGGUGCAUAAUUUCCAAGUGAAGCAUUUCCCAUGCUUUGUCCCACAUUCCUAGCCUCUCCCAGGCCACGGGCACAUGUAGGAAUUCUUUGAAAUAAGCUAAAUUUGCAUCGUGCCUGUAGCUGUGAAGUUGCCGAUGCUGUUACUUUCUUCAAAAGGAAGUUUUGUGGGUUUUUUACUUUGUUUGUUUUCUUUGCAUAAACUCAUGCGGGGAAAGUAUUCUGUUAAUUGGAAUACAGGAUGUAACGCAGCCUAAAUUAGGCUUCACAACUUCUUCCUCCUAACUGGAGGGAACAAAAAAGCUGGAGAUUGCUGCAGGUUUUUGAUUGUUUUGUUUGUUUUUCCUCUUUCAACGAGUGUGGAGAAGGGACAUGAGCUAAGGAGGCAGGCUCUGUGCUGAGGAGGCUGAGAGCUCCUGGAAACACUUUGAGGCUGGCGGAACAGAGCUCCUGUCUCUCCUCAAGGAGUCUGUUGUGUCCUGGUCGAUCUUAAACACUUUUGUCUGUAACCCAAACCUCGCCUUCUGUGACUUACAAGGCCUCUUCCUGCUGCUGUCCAACUUCUGGAGCCUGAUCUUAAUUCAGUUACAGAUAGCUUUUUUUUUUUUUUUCCCCUGACUUGCCCCUUUUCUGCUUCUUCUCACAGCAGAGCUUUUAGCAUUAAAAAAAUAAUCCCAAACGGGCAAUACCACAGCGUUCCCCUCCUCCAGGGUCUGCUGUUUGUGGCCGGUGCCUGGCUGUGCCCCCGACCCGCUGACCGAUGUGCUUGGAACACGAGCAGCCCCCGGUGUCACCGUGCCUGGGGAGCACCGAGGCACCGAGAGCUGCUUUGUGCUGUGUUCCCAAGCAAAAUGAAGUCCUGUUAUUUCGUCUUGGGAAGAGGCUUCUUACCCCUGUCCCUGUGCAUCCAUGAAGGAGCAGGGAAUGGCAAAGCCAGGCUUUGAUUUUUGGCAGUUCCAUUUAUGUAUGAUUUUUUUUUUCCGUGAACGGACUCCUGAGGUUAGAGCAGAGCUGUCUGCAAAUCUGUGGGACUAAACCUUCAUUUUUCAGUAUUUCUGUACCAGCGCCUCUGCAGGGAGGUGCUGUGGGAACCCGCUGUGCAGCAUUUUCCUUCCCUCUGUGCACUCCUCUUUUAUCAAAAAGGGUUUUGUGGGACAGACUCUUCUACCCUCUGUUCACUCCCAUUGUAGCCAAAAGGGUUCGUGGGACAGAGCAGCCCUAAUUGACACCGGCAUCAUAGCUGAGCUCCCUCCACUGCAACCCGCUGCCAGGGACAGAUGGCAGGCAGACAGUGCUAGCAACACCAGAGAUGGCACAGCACAAACCGUUGCUCAGCGUAAUUGCUUGGCUUCCGCAGCAGCCUCUUCCUGGAUUUUUAGUGGUUAUUUUCUUUCAGCGUGUCACCAAAGGCAUCUUGCAGGUCAGGGGGGUUUUGCGUAGUGUUUUUGUAAAUGGCGCAGCGUUUGCCAAAGUCCUGGUGAAGUAUGAAAGUGUCUCAGUGCUAAAAUGAAUGUACAGUUGCAAAUGCAUGUCUCUUUAGUAAUAAUUAUUUUGGUUGUAGGUACGUAGUAGAAAGACUUACUGACAACAGUUCCUAGACUAAUGUGUGAAAGCAAUACAGCCAAGACUUGAUAAUCUGACUUUAUACCAAAGGUUUCUCGUCUUAAUUUGAUUUGAACUAAAUGAAGCAGACACCUGCUGAUUUAAAGUGAGAUUUUUAAAAGCAUUUUAAACCCAUUUUCCAGGAUUAUUGGAGCAUUCUGCCCCAUUAACCGAAAGAAGUAAAAAUUUUCAUUAUUCUAACCUGGGCUGUAGAUUUUCACUGCCGUGGAGUGGAUUUCAUUACCUAAUGCACUCCUGCUCUUACAAUACCUGUCUGCUCUGGGAUAAAUAGGACCAGAUCUUCCCCACAAUACUUUUCUACCCGGAAAUUAUAAAAGAGCUACUCUUUGAGUGCCAAAUACAAGCUCCAGGGCCUUGAUCUUGUCCCCUUAGGGAUUUAGGAGAGAUUUCUCACAGUUGCAGUGUCCAAAUUAACGCUCAAGUCCCUGGAGGGGGGAAAUACUCACACCCCCCUUUCAGAAGCAAUGGGUCUGGAAAUGAAGCGUGUAAGGGUGAUCCUCCAUCCUUUCCCCGAUUUACGGAUGUUAAUCGAUUGUUUGGGUUUGCUGAAGCCAAACAGGGAGUGUUUGGUGGCACAGGGAGCGGUUGGAGCACGGGCACGGCUGCCUCGGGGUGGGAUCGACCCACGGCUGCUUUCCUAUGGGGGAGAGGGGCUGGCAGCCCACGAUGCCCUCAGAGCUCGCUCGUUCACCACUGCCAACCUCAUACCAAGCACCAUUUCCAAGAAAUUCCCCACCUGAGUCCUUGGAGCCCAUCUAAGCUAGCAGCAGCCCAAUUUCUCACCCAGGACUGCAGCAGUUCUGCUCGUCUCUGGAUGAAGCUGUUGUCGUUUAACCUGGUUAAACAGAGACUUACCCAAGGAGCCCGAGUUUGAGAGUAGUAAUCGAGGCUUUUUGUGAAAAAGGGGUCUGCUGAGCCAAAAAAUAAGUCAUAGGAGUGAGGAUAGCAGGUUGUCUUGCCGAGAUAUUGAGGAAAAUCUCCCCCAAACCUCAAGGAACUGAGUACGUCCCUUCCAGGGAAAGCCUUGGCUCGGAGUGGUGGAUUAUCGCUGUUAACUUACAGAUCAAACCACUGCCCUUCAGGUCAGCCUACCAAGUAACUCUGUAUUGCAUUUUGGGGACUUUGUUCUUUUGUUCGUUUGUUUGUUUUUUAUAUACACACAAGAAAACGGUCGAUUUUAUCUAUUUUUGUAUAGUUUUGCAUUUUAUAUUCAUGGGGAGAUUUUAUGGACUGUUCUUUUACUUACGUACGUUGUGUUUUAAAAUGGUGUGGUUUACAGUUCCGAUGGAGAAAAAGCAAUUUAUUGCUGUCACUGCUGCUGCCACUGCCUGUGCAAUGCAAGAAAACCACCUCGCUUCUCAUACCCUUGUGUACCACGCUGCUCAACUUUAUAUGAGGGCCUGGCUCUGAAAAUCAGCAGCCAGUCCAUUGCCAAUACUUACUCUCUCUUUGUGGACGCCGCCAAGAUGUCUUUGUUUUAAUACUGGUUUGUCACACUUGUCACCUGUUUUCUAGCUUUGUUUUUAAUCUGAAUUUGUGGACCGUGGUGAUUUCUCCCUGAAAGUGUUGUUGGCUGUCUUUUAAACUAAAAAAGCGUGGAUUUCAGCUGGGGCUUUCUGUUCUGUGUGCGUAAUUAUUCUGUCCAAUACUGGGGCUUUUCUUAAAUCCCCGUACAACCUCGCGGGGCAGGAGAUGCUGUCGGCUGGUUUGCCGUGAUGAUCUUGAAACCAGUGGCAAAGAUCCUCUCUGGGGCUGCUCAGGGCUGUGAGCCUGGCCUGCUCCGUGUCUGUCUGGGAAUCGUUCUGAAAAUAACCCUGUGGUCUGAGGGUCCCCUCCCCGCCUGGCUUCUUCCCGGAGCAACACUGCCUCGAAUUUUGGGAUCUUAAUUGAAACAAGAGCUUCUGGUAAGCUAAGACCUAACGCUAGUUAACGUGGUUCUUUUCUUCCCUUUUUUUUUUUAGUUGAAUGAAUAUGCUGCUUUGUUUGCUUGACUCUAUGUCUGUGCCCCUGCAGAGUUUGCAACCCUGUGUGGGGUGUAAGGGCUGACAUAACUUCUCUGCAGAAGGUCACGUUGAUUAAUUGAGCAGAAGAGAACAAUACCAAACAGUGACAGGCAAAAAGAAAAUUAAAUGCUGAAAAGCUAAAAAAUUACUGAGACUGAAAGCAGAUUUGUCCCUUCUUCCCCCGACAGCCAAUGCCGGCAGAGAUGCCAGUUCCAUCUGAGACAUUUAGCCCUGCGCAGGUUUUUGUCUUUUAAUUAAAUAGCUCCUAACAAAAAGGAGUGCUGCUAGUGUUUUUUUUUUUUUCUUUUUUUUUUUAAUGGUUUUGGCCCAUUCCCGGAGCAGGGGCGGGAAGGCAGGUGGCUUGGCAAACACUCCGGGGGCGCGCUGACCCUCGCUGCUUUCACAUUCCCUCUGCCCCUCGGUGUGCGGGCCCUGUCUCGAGUGCAGCUCAGACCUGGUACUGGCUCUUCUCUCUGCGGAUGGAUGAUCGCAGAAAAUGGAAAAGGAAAAAGGCCUUCAGCCCGGCCAGCCCACCUCCUGCCCCUCCGGCACCCCGCUGCGCGCUCCCCACUGCUGGGAGCAGUGCCUGUCCAGCCGCUGCCUCUGCAGGUGCCUUGCUUGUGGUGCAGGGAACACGCAGAAGUCUAGAAAAGCCCGUCAGUGCUAACGAAACAGCGCUUUGCCCAUGUCCGUCCCUUGCUGUCCCCCUCUGUGGCCACCUGCAAGGGAGCCCUGCUGCUGGCAGCGCUGGCCCCAGUGCUCCGGGCAGCCUGGCGGAGGCAGCGGGUUCCCCUCUGGCCCCCGCGAGGGGACCGUCUGGUGGGGGCUUUGUCCUGGUCUGGUCUCAUUGCUACUAGUUCUUUCAACUUUUUAAUGUAUUGACUGUGUUUUAAAUUGAAUGUUCCUUUCACUGAAUUCUAAUGAAUAAACUUUGGAUUUUUAGAGAAUACCUGAUCUCGCCUGUGUGUUUUUCUGGCUUGCUUGAUCCUCGAUUAUACCUUUUUCUUCUCCCUCCUCCCUUCUCCCGUCUCUUGGUUGCAAGUGAAGUGACUUUUUCAGCAGGAGAAGG